AUGUGCUUAUGUUGUGUGUGUGUGACGGACGGGUAUCAGCAUGGAUUAGUGAGUAAAGGUAAGCGUGUGUCUCUCCCUGUCUAGGCGGAUUUCCAUCCCUCUCCUCUUCACUCCGGUCACACACACCGACCUCGUUUGAACCACCGCCGCCGUCUCCUCUCAUCCCGUCUCCUCCUCUGAACCAUCCGCUGCUGUCUCAUGGCGCCGUAACUCUUGUGUGUGUUUGUGUGUGAUUGGUUGGGUGUUUUAUUUUCGGGUCUCGGACCAUCGUGCGAUGCCAUUACUCCCUCAGGACGCAGAUCGAUUCGAUAGGGUGUCUCUCCUCUACUGGACGAUCAUGGGCCCGCACGGCAUCAACCGACCUGUACAGAGGCUGGAGUUCUGUGACUGCAAGAAGGGACUGGGUGUGAAGAUAAUCGGGGGUUACCGAGAGCUGACAGGGGAAGAGUUUGGCAUCUACAUAAAGCGAGUGGUAGCUGGUGGGUUGGCAGCUCUGGAUGGGCGGCUUAAGUCAGGUGACCUGAUUUUAGAUGUCAAUAACAUCAGUCUGAUAGGAGUGACCAAUGAGAGGGCGGUGGAGAUCCUGAGGUCAGCCUCGCUCUCUAAUCACAUGUCCCUGCUGGUUGCCAGAGACGAUGAAUCCAGGAGGGAGUUUGCUGAGCUGAUGGAAAAGUACGGCUCCAAUAAUAUCACAGCUUCAGGACGAAUCUCUCCUACUCAGCUCUCCACAGGAAAGCUGACAGACACGGCCUCCUCCUCCUCCUCUUCCAGAUCAGAGAGCCCCCAGCUCCUCAGUCCUAAAGAGGGGGUCACCGCCUACACCCACGCCUCCUCUUACUCUGCCAACCCCCCCUACACUGUGCACACUCCCACGCAUGCCUUCAGUGACAGUGUCAUUCAGUUGAUAUGCGUAUCCAAGGGAACAGGCCUGGGGCUCGUCAUCAAGGGCGGAGCUAACCGCGCAGAAGGACCAAUGGUGUUCAUUCAGGAAAUAGUGUCUGGAGGAGACUGCCAGAAGGAUGGCAGGCUGCAGGUCGGAGACCAGCUGGUGUCCAUCAACAAAGAGUCUCUGAUUGGAGUGACAUAUGAGGAGGCCAGGAGCAUCCUGACACGCACCAAACUCAGACCAGACCCCACGGUGGAAAUCGCCUUCAUCCGGCGGCGGUCUUCCUCCAGCUCCAGCAGCGGGCCUCACAGCCCCAUCUCCAUGCAGGGGUCUGGUGGUGGAGGUGGGCCCCAGACGAGGCCCCCGGGGCUGGGGGCCAUGCCUCCUCAGCCUGCCGUGGUCACCAAAAUCACCUCCAGCAGAAACCCUGCCAGUGAGACUCUGCCGGCGGUCAACGUCAGCCAGGUGCGAGUGUCUGCAGUAAGAACAGAGCCGACACGUGUGUCCUCCCCACCAGAGAGCGACAGCAUCACUGAUAUGAACCCUGAGCCGACCAGCAGUCAGCAGCCUUCUCACAGGAAGUGCUCCCUCGAUACCAGCUGUCGCCUCAAACUGGAGAGGAUGGAGCAGGCUCUGGAUCUGCUCGGUCUGAAACCCACAGACGCUCAGCGGCAGGCACUCAGGUCCAGACUACGAGCUGAUUCAGCAGGGACGGUGGCCUUCACAGAUUUUGAGAGCCUGAUCAGGGAGCUGUUUAAGCCUCAGCUGGAGGAGUUGACCGUCAGCCAGCCAGGGUCGAGGUUAACGUCUGAUGACCUGUACAGUUUGUUGGAGUCACUGACCAACGCACAGUCGUCACAGUCAGACUCGGAGGACCUGGAGGAGAUGGAGAGGCUGAGGAAGGAGCACAUCGAGGCGCUGAGGGAGAUCAAGAGGCUCCAGGAGCAGCUGGUCGAGUCUCAGAGAGUUCACCAUCAGAUGGAGGAGGAGCUCAGCAAAGUGAAACAGGAAGUGAAACUGGGAGCGGAGGAGAGUCGUGCUCUGAGGACUCGGAUCCAGCUGGCCGAGGCGGCUCAGAAGCAGGCGAGGGGGAUGGAGAUGGACUACGAGGAGGUGAUCCACCUGCUAGAGGCUGAGAUCGCUGAGCUGAAGACUCAGAGGGUGGAGCAGCCGGCGCAGACCAACAAGGAAGAGACGGAGGAGCUGAAGAAGAGAAUGGCCGUCCUGGAGUGUCAACUACGGAAGAGCGAAGCUGCCAAAAAGGGUUUUGAGAUGUCAACGGGAAAACUGCUGAGUUUUGUGGAGAACGUUCAAGAGUUCCUGCUUGAAAGCCACGGACCAACAAAGAGCUACAGCUCUGGAGACGUUAAAGUUGGAUCGUCAUCAUCGUCAAGCCUCCCCCCUCGCUACAAGAAGAGUCCCUGGACAGCAGCCACACUCGCCCAGGAGGCAAAAGAGCUCACAAGGACUGUCAGAGCCAUCCUGGAGGUCGACUUGCUGACCUUCUAGAGGAUCCAACUGUCAGCAAGGCUCUGAGACGUCUGCAGGACAUCAACAGCCAACAUGAGCUGAACCUGAACUCUCUCUUCCCUGACAACUCCUCAUCUCCUCAGUACCUGCUAGCAAUGGACUCAUGUCUUAACUCUGCAUGAAACACUCUUCUGUUUGUACAUUUAUCACAAGACAGUUUCUGAAUAGUCAAUACCCACCAAACAGUGGUUUUAUUCCAGUCUUUUAACCUGAUUAAUAUGGAAAAGGAAUGAUUACAUGUAUUUAAUUUGCUUUCUUAAAGGAUGUUCGUCACUUGAACUGACGUUUUGUCUGAAACAAUGAUUAGUUUAUCUUUGGAGAGACUUGAAAUAAGUUUCUACAGGUUAAAACACUGGAAGGAGACCAUUGUAAAGUUGAUGGACUCCAUGAACGUUUAAAAAUGUUUGCCUAUUGGUCACUUAAUUAAUUAUAGGAUGACAGUGUUGGCACCAAAACUGUCUGGCCUGCCUGCUAAAUUUUCAGGAUACGUGAUGUUAAAAAAAUUGUGCUGCUGACCAAAAGCUAACUCGACAGUUCUGACCUUUGAGGAAACUAAGAGACUAAGCCAUCCACAAUGGAGGAAGGUAUCGUAGCCACUGUGACAUCACCCUCUAGUUUGUGGAUUCCCCAAUGAAGCCUCAAGUUUGGCAAUUUGGCUGUCGCCAUCUUGAAUGUUUGGAGCUAAAGGUGACCAUAUUUGGACGAGAAAGUGGAGAUAACCCUAAUGCUAGCUGCUAGCCUGGUUAACACAGAGCACUUACAGUUGUAGUUAACUGCAAUAAUUCCAAUGCAAAUCUUUAGGGAAACAGGUUUAAAACAGUUAAAACUAAAUAAUUUUACGAGAAAAACUGAAUUUCUGACUCCUGUUGGACAUG